UUUUUAUUUUACUUUGUCCUCUAUUUAAAAUGAACUGCAUGCAGAACUUCACAUAUUUCCAUUUAUUAAUGAGCAAUAAAACUUAGAACUUUUCAUCACCAUAUAGAUUAUCUGUUAGUACUGAGAGGGGCUGUGUUGUAAAUCCAGUUUUAUUAUUAAGUUAUAUAAUAUUGCUUCCUGCCUGAUUUAUUACUGGGGGGUAAUUUGAGAAGAAACCGCGCCCCCUGUUGCGCGAGCCUCUCUCCUAUGCGCAGGUGGGAUGUAGCAUCUCCUCGGUGUCCUUGACUUCCACGGACUCUAUCAGGAUCUUUGAGGAGCGGACUCCAGGAGUCCCUCACCGCCUGCGGUUCUGUAGAAACCCAUCGCAGAGGCACAUCCGCCCCUCCAGGUCCGCGCAUGUCGUCACCUUUACGCAAACUUGAACUUGGACAAGCCUCUUCCAGUCUCCUGUGUUACGCACAACUCCCAACUCCACAUCCCACCUGCCCUUCCUCCUCCUCCUCCUCCUCCUCCUGCAGCACCACCAGCCGAGCUGUAACGGGACACUUUGAGCUCACCGAACCUUCCCCCCCGGCUCCCCUCCGCCCCCGCGUUCGGACCGCCUUCCUGCACACCUUCUCCUCGGAUGAUGCCGGAGACGUCCCUCUGUCCUGGUGGCAUGUGGGGGCAGCGGCUGCUCGCGGACCCCCUGAUGUGGAGCUGAGGAGGUCGGAGUGGGACUGCGAGGCGACAGAAGUGGGGGGGUUUGCUCCGAGCUUUUUCGGUCUGCUGGAGAUGAGCGCGAGGCUGGAGGAUGUGCCUGCGUGAUGCUGCCUCGUGUUUAGGUCCUCCCUAAUCCUGUUUCGGCGUCACAGAGAAUCCCUUUCAGUCCCCGGACACCUCGGUGCUACACAUUUGGCUGCCUGACUCACUGAGCUCAUCAUCUGCAGCUAUCAGCGACAGAUCAAUCCUAGCUCUGACUUUUUUUUUUCUUUGUUAGACUCUGGCUUCAGAACAGGAACACCAAAUUCACCAAGUUACAGAGUGUCGAUGCACAAACCGAAUCUGUUGUGGACUAACUGCAAUAUAACCAGUUCAGUUGUGGCAUCAGGUGCUCUGGGUCUGCACUCUGUGGUUUGGAAGCCAAAGCUUGUUUGUCACUGAGAAAAAAAGAUCAUCGAAACUGAAUUGUUUUGAGCUGCCCAGUCUGGAGCAGCGUGCUUUCCAAAUGCUGCCAUGCCCAUCAUCAGCAACGCCAACCAUGACUUCAGCAACCUGUCGGUCAGCGAUGACAGCAGUCUUGACCGAAUCUUUACUGAGAUCCCAGAAACCGAGACGAUCAAGGGUGUGUAUUACCAGAGAGCCCAGUUCAUCCGUCGGCCAGAGGACCUGGUGUCAGUCGACCAUGCCUUAUUGGCAGUAAUAAACGUUGGGGGAAACCGCUACACGUUCCCCUGGAGCACGCUGCAGCAGUUCCCCCUCACUCGGCUCGGCCGCCUCUGUGGGUGCCGGUCACUUGAGGACAUCGCCAGCGUGUGCGAUGACUACGAUGAGGCCAGGAAGGAGUUCUUCUUCGACCGCUCCCCGUCCGCCUUCAGGGUCAUCCUCAACUUCCUGGCAGCGGGGAAACUUMGGCUCCUGCGCGAGAUGUGCAUCCUGUCUCUGCACGAUGAGCUGAACUACUGGGGGGUGGAGAUGGCAUACAUGGAGCGGUGCUGCAAGAGGAAGAUGUACACGCGCAUCGAGGAGGUGCACGAGAAGGAGAGACGGGAGGAGGAGCACAGGCAGAGAAACGCCAUGCAGCGGGUGCCGGUGGAGGAAACGCGGUACCAAAAAGUGAUGAACUGGCUGAGAGAUAUGGUGGAGAAUCCCCAGUCGGGCCUACCAGGGAAGAUCUUCGCCUGCUUGUCCGUCAUCAUGGUCGCAGUGACAGUUGUUAGCCUGUGUAUCAGCACCAUGCCUGACCUCAGAGAGGAGGAAAACAGGGGCAAGUGUUCCUCGAAAUGCUACAACAUGUUCAUCAUAGAGACGGUGUGUGUGGCCUGGUUCUCUCUGGAGUUCCUUCUGCGCUUCAUCCAGGCUCGCAGCAAACUGGAUUUCCUCCGCGGGCCACUUAAUAUCAUCGACGCCAUGGCUAUCCUGCCCUACUACGUUUCGCUGGUGGUGACGGAGGAGGAUCCGGCUUCGGAGCACGAGAGGCCGGGAGGGGGUAAGGGUUACUUGGACAAACUGGGCCUGGUGCUGAGGAUCCUGCGGGCGUUGAGGAUUCUCUACGUGAUGAGGCUGGCUCGCCACUCCCUCGGCCUGCAGACGCUGGGGCUGACGGUCCGACGCAGCACCCGCGAGUUUGGGCUUCUCUUGCUCUUCCUCUGUGUGGCUGUGACCCUUUUUUCCCCUCUGGUCCACCUCGCUGAGAGCGAGCUCACAGGUCCUCAUGACUUCUCCAGCAUCCCCGCUUCCUAUUGGUGGGCCAUCAUCUCCAUGACCACCGUGGGCUACGGUGACAUGGUGCCGAGGUCCAUCCCGGGACAGGUGGUAGCGCUGAGCAGCAUUCUCAGCGGGAUCCUCAUCAUGGCCUUCCCCGCCACCUCCAUCUUCCACAUGUUCUCCCGCUCCUACCAAGAGCUCAAGAUGGAGCACGAUCGACUGUUCAAAGAGGAGUGCGCGGCCGCCGCAGCCGCCGCCGCCGCCGCGGCGGGAGACGGGCAGGAGGCUGAGGGGGAAGAGAAGAAGGAGGAYGUACCUCAGUGCGGCCCGGGGUCACAUCCGGACAAGAACGGCGAGCACACGCUGGAAUCUCUGGCUCUGCUCGACGAGGGCGACAAAGCUGCAGGAAAUAACAACCACAGUCUUCCAGCUGCAGCUUUCUGAAACUUCCAGAUGAGUUCAUUAAUCUUUGUGUUGCAUGAAAUCAAAGAACUGCAACGGUACUGAUGCCUCAAAGGCCUAAUUAUUCAUUAAUGAGGGUGUCUGCAUUAUUUUGAAUACAAAAGGGGUUUUUUUUGUCUCCAAGGUGAUAAGAAACUGAAGGACGAACAGCCCUUUAAAAUGGACAGUCCUCUUUGUCUGACCAGAAGGCCUUUGCAGCAACAUUAAUAGCAGGCUGCUUCCAUAAACACGCACUAUCAAAUCCAAAGUUGCUUUUCCUUCCACUGUGAAAAUACUUACAAAACUUUUAGAAUAUUGUUUGUUUGUUUCUGACAUGCUGCCUAUAGAGUAUGAUCUCGAAACGUGUCUCAUACUACGUACUCGAUGUUUCUGCCAUGAAUGCAAAGAAGUGCACAUCUUAAUUUAUAUUCAAGAAGCUUAAAGCCAUGUUCCGGGAAAAAUAUCAAUAAACUGAUAGUUGAGUUCAUAUAAUAUUAUAUACCCAUUUCUCUCUUGUUUGAAUGCCUGAACUUUAAAGAAAAUUAUUUUUCAAGUCUCUGAUAUGAAUUAUAAGUAAACCGUUUUAACUUAUGCAGGAUGGCCUCUCCUUUUUUUUAAUCGAUGAGAAGAUACACUGCAAAAACUGUCAAUUUACCAAGUUUUAAGAUCUUAUA